AUUUCAAAGUAUUUUGCUACAUGUUAUUUUCUGAUGGAGUCGGACAACGAUAUAAACAGCCACUAUAACAAUGUAUGUGAUUCAUUUGAUCGUAUGAAUUUAAAAGAAAAUCUUUUACGUGGAAUUUUUGCAUAUGGUUUUGAAAAACCUUCUGCAAUACAACAAAGAGCCAUAAUUCCGUCAAUUGAAGGACGUAAUGUUAUAGCUCAAGCUCAAUCGGGCACUGGGAAAACAGCCACAUUUAGUAUUGCCAUUUUACAACAAAUCUGCACGACUGAUCCACGUUGUCAAGCUUUAGUACUGGCUCCAACUAGGGAAUUAGCGAAACAAAUUCAAAUGGUUGUUCUAGCACUUGGUGAUUAUAUGAAUAUUAGUUGUCAUGUUUGUAUUGGUGGUACACAAGUAUCAACUGAUAUUGAACAAUUACAGUUAGGUCAACAAAUUGUAGUUGGUACACCAGGACGUGUUUUAGACAUGAUUAGUCGUGGUUAUUUACGUACACAAACAAUUAAAUGUUUUGUAUUGGAUGAAGCAGAUGAAAUGCUUAGUUUAGGAUUUAAAGAUCAAAUUCAAGAGAUAUUCCUAUCACUUGAUCCAGCUGUUCAAAUUAUUUUAUUAUCUGCAACAAUACCUAAUGAAGUAUUAGAAAUAUCAAAACAUUUUAUGCGUAAUCCAGUACGUAUAUUAUUAAAACAAGAAGAAUUAACCUUAGAUGGUAUACGUCAAUUUUAUGUAAAUGUUGAACAAGAAGAAUGGAAAUUAGAAACAUUAUGUGAUUUAUAUCAAACAAUAACAAUAACACAAGCAGUAAUAUUUUGUAAUUCACGUAGAAAAGUUGAAUGGUUAACAAAUGAAUUAAUUGAACGUGAUUUUAUUGUAUCAGCAAUGCAUGGUGAAAUGGAACAAAUAGAACGUGAUAAUAUUAUGACAGCAUUUCGUAGUGGUUCAAGUCGUAUUUUAAUAUCAACUGAUCUAUUAUCACGUGGUAUUGAUGUACAACAAAUUUCAUUAGUGAUUAAUUUUGAUUUACCAACAAAUUUAGAAAGUUAUAUACAUCGUAUUGGUCGUGGGGGUCGUUUUGGUCGUAAAGGUGUUGCUAUCAAUUUUGUUACAUUAGCUGAUCAACGUUUAUUAACAGAUUUAGAAAAUUUCUAUAGUACAAAAAUUAUUGAACUUCCUAUGGAUGUAGCUAAUUUAUUUUAGAAUUAAUUUGAUAUAUACAUACAUACAUACAUACAUACAUUACAUACACACACACACAAACAGACACAUACACACACACAAACGCGCGUGCAUGGAUAUAUGGUUGACAACAUUCAUUCAUUCAUCCAUUCGGAAAAAUACUUUCUUUUCUUUAUCAUAAACAACAUAUCUAUGUCAUUUUUAUGAAGGAACAGUAUAUUCAAUAAGUAGUUCUCCAACCUGUUUUUCUCUUCCUUUCUUUUUGCCUUUUUUCUUUUCUUCUUCUUCUUUAGUUCAGUUUUAUCUACCAAUUAAUUAGUUGAUGAAUCGAUAUGAAAUCAUAUUUGUUAUGUAAUUUAUAAUCUUUAUUCUCUUUUUGUUCAUUGGUAUAGUUCUUUGAAUAUAUAUUAAUGUUCUUUAUUGUUGUGGUUGUUGUUGGAUGGAGGAGAGUAUUGAUGGAUGAUUUAUGCACUCCUCUAUAAGGAGUCACAGGAGUAACUAAGUAAGUUUCUUGUUACUGUCGUUGGUUGUUGUUGUUGUUGAUAAUUCACCAUUUCUUCUCUUUAACAGAAUGUCAAUGAAUCUUGUUCAUGGUUACUUUUAAUUAGUAGUAUGUUUAAUGUAUGUUCCCAUUGAAUUCGUUUCAUUCUAUUGGAUUAGAUUAAUGUUAAACAAUGUUCAUUUAUUCCUUGGCUUCUGAUUAGUUAUCUUCUUUUUCUUUCUUUAUGAUCUUGUAUGGGUUGAAUUGUCUUCUUCUUCUUUCUUUCUUUUUCUCCGCUCAAUUAGUUCUGUAUAGAAAUAUUUCAUUUCUUUCUAGAUUUCUAUUCUUUGUUUAAGUAAAUCAGAAAUUUUCAACUAUCUAAACUAGUAAUCAACAACAUUGGUUGUGAUGGUUUAACUGCUGUAAACAAUAUAAUAUUAAUGAUUAAUCAAUCAAUCAAUAUAAUUACUAUGUUUACUAUCCACUUUUGUUGCUAUCCUUUCUUUUUUUUUACCCACUUGUUGCUAAGUGCAUCAUUACUCUCUAUCUAUCCCCCCUCCUUUUUCUUAUCUUAAUAGUAUAAUAUUAUAAUGGGUAUCUAUCAUCUAACUAUAUAUUCUGCUGCUGUAGGUUGAAUGAAUAAUUCAUUGUUACGUGUAGUUCUUCGAAGAGAAUGUGUAUGUAUGUUUCUGUGUGUGUGUGUGUAUGUGGUCUUUCAGCUGUCUACUUGUCAAUUGUUUCUGUCAAGAGGGAAUAUCAUUGAAAUCUAGAAAAAAAUAGAACUUUUUUUUGUAAAUGUGAUUAUUCAUCAUUCUAUACACCUUUCUGUUCUAAUUCUUUAUGGUUGGUUAUUCGGAUCUCACUCCUCCUCUUCUUUUUUUUUCUUUUAUGUUGUUUGUCAUCUUAAGCCUGUAUCAUCAUUAUUACUGAUAAUAUUAUUGUUAUUAUUAUUAUUACUCUGUUUUAAUUGCAGUAAUUAACUCAUGGUCAGUUACUCACUUAUUUACUUGCUUAAGCCUGUUACUCCCAAUGGAGCAUAGACCUCCGAUCACUCUGCCUGGAACACCUCUGGGGCUACUGUUGGUCCCAAGCACGGAUAAAAGAGGAGGGUUUGGUAUACGGUUAGUAGGUACUCCAUCCUGUAGAAAACGAAAUUGCUAAGAAACGCUAAUC